AUGACUCAAACCGAGUUACCGCUAGGAACUUAUCUAUUUUACCGACUAUCACAGGUGACUAAAACUGUAUUCGGUGUACCUGGAGAUUUUAAUUUGAAUUUGUUGGAACACAUCUAUAAUUUCAAUGAAGCUGAAAUAAAAUGGUGUGGGAACUGUAACGAAUUAAACGCUGGCUAUGCGGCCGAUGGAUAUUCGAGAUUAAAUCAAUUUGGAUGUUUCAUAACGACAUUUGGUGUCGGAGAGUUGUCGGCACUGAACGCCGUAGCUGGUUCCUUUGCAGAGAAUGCGCCUGUUUUGCAUAUUGUGGGGACAUCAUCCACAAGCGCCAAAACUAAUUCUACAUUUAACCAUAUUCACCACUUAAUACCAUCUAAGAAAACAUAUGAAGCAUCUGACCACGGUGUUUAUGAACGUUUAGUAGAGCCAUUCAGCAUCCGAACUGAGAUUCUGAGCGGAAAGAGCCUUGGAAAGAUUCAAGAGCAAAUCGAUUCUUUGAUUGAAGAUAUUGUGUGUCACAUGAAGCCUGGUUAUUUAUUUAUACCUUCAGACUUGCCUGACAUUAUAAUCCCUGUCGACCUUACUAAGUCUUUGGAUUUUGACCUCUGUCGCAUUCUUCAAGUUAAUGAAAAGAAUACCAAAUUUGUUGUUGAUAAUACCCUUCGAAAGCUUUAUGGGGCUAAAAAUCCGGCUAUUAUCGUAGAUCAGUUCAUGAAAUUUGAUGGAAAGGAGGUAAAUGAGUUUUUGAGGAAGACAAAGUUUUACUGUUAUAGCACGAAUAGCUCCAGAGGAAUUGUUGACGAAACUUUACCAAAUUUUCAUGGUGUUUUCAACGGUAGAAUAUCGACUGAAGGUACUCUUCAAAUAUUUGAUGAAAAUGACUUUGUCUUGUAUUUGGGUGCCAAUAUCAAUGAAACCAAUUUCUUUGGUGGGGAGUCUUCAAUAUUGAAGGAUAAGGAUUGUAUCCUUGUUGGGAAAGAUUACGCGCAGCUCGGCUUCGGCGGUGAUCUAAUGUAUGAUGUGAAUUGUCAUGUUUUUUUCAAACAAUUAAUUUGCGGAGUCGAUUUUUCCCUGCUCCCUCAAAUACGUAUAAGAACUCAAACUGCGCGAUACAAUGCAGAUUACGGAGUGCUCAAGGAAGAUUCUCAUUUGUCGCAGAAGUCAUUUUCAACCAUAGUUUCGAGUUUUAUCAAGGAUAAUGAUGUUAUUAUCAAUGAAAUGUGCUCCUUUAUGUUCGAAAUGCCGAACAUAAGGUAUAAAAAGAACUGUUCCUUUGUGGGACAGCCGUUUUAUGGUUCAAUAGGUUAUGGAAUACCAGCAACUCUAGGGGCCUCUUUGGCAAUUAAAGAUUUAAAAAUGCAGGGAAGAGCCAUCUUAUUUCAAGGAGAUGGAUCUGCCCAGAUGACAUUACAAGAAUUCGCUUCCUUCAUAAGGUUUGAAAUUGACCCUGUCGUAUUUCUGUUGAAUAAUGAUGGUUAUGGGGUCGAAAGGGUCAUUAAAGGACCCAACAGAACUUAUAAUAAUAUAGCUGUUAAAUGGGAUUGGACCAACCUCUUAUCGGUAUUUGGUGACUUUGAUCAUUCAAAAAGCUUCUCACUUAAAGCAACUACAGCAGGUGAAUUGAUGGAAGCUUUGGCCAGCGGUAUUGAUUUUAAAGAUGGUAAAGUUAAGAUACUCGAAGUUAUUCUGGGAAGAAUGGAUGUUCCUGAUCGAUUUAAAAAAAUAGCGGGUGUGGCGGAAAAAGAGAACAAUACAUGA